AGUUUUUAAACUCCUGACUUUUCAUGUGUGUCUAAGGUGUGUGGCCAGAAUUCAAAGCCUGACUCCUAAUCAAGAAAAAAAUAAGCUAUCUGCUACAAAUAAAGUCACAAUAAAUCCACAUCUGGUCCCCAACAAAACUCAAUCACCUAAGCUGCGCAUGUAAGAACAGGAAGUCGAAAGUUGCACUUUAAAAGGCCCAUACUUGACCCCCUUGACCUAAUCAGUGUCAAUCUGUGCCUCGAGACAGAAAACAAGUUUAACAGAGUCUCUUGAGGCUUUUGCUAACAUGGCGUAUCUAUGGAAGCUUCACUGUAGCCAAACAUUUAAUUUCUACAUAUAUCAUCUGAACUGCAACAAAAUGAAUGAAGGUUGCAAACAAUAAAACAAUCAACCUCACACCAUGCCACCAUGCUUGGACUGAGGAUUAUGAAAUCCAGCAUGCAGAUGUAACUUCUCCAGAGCUGCUUUCUGCCGCGGUUCAAAUCCCACAGCCAUUUUAACUCUUUUCAACCCGUUGUAUCUGAACAAACUCCUUCUAGAGCUUUCCACUUACAGACUUCAAAAUGAGCUGGUUUAAUAGUCAGGAACUGGGGAUCAAAAGUUAUCAAAAGCUUUUUUCUGACUUGAAGCAGGUGAGUGUGGCCAAGCUUCAAAAUCUGACUCCAUAAAAUACGAAGGUUUGAUCACUACGACACAGAACGUCAGAUAUGUACCAAUACCCAACACAUUCCCAUGGGCAUUUGAAGACAUCACUUUAGCUCCACCGCCUAAAAACAGGAAGCGACUUGUUUCAAGCUUUUAAGCUGUGUUUAAUGACAAAGAGCAAGUUGAUGUUGAAUCCUGCAGCUGCUGUUAACUGAACUGUGUGUUCAUGGCUUAUAUCUCUGUUUGCUACGACUGGCUCUAGAUCACAGGUGCAUGAUCCGAUUCACUCCAAACUUCACAUGAGUUAUACUUUUCAACAGGAAAAACAUGUCAUUUAUUUAAAUUACAUUGAAAUUUGAAUCAGAUGUACCCCAUGGGAUAUUUCAAACAGCUUUAUUUCCCUGAUGCAUUAUACAAUUCAUGCCGAAUCGUGAGCUUAUUUUGUAGAUCUUUAUUCAACACAUUGUGAUCUACAAAUUUGAUUACGUCACUUUAGUUCCAUCCACUGAGAAUAAAGUCACAGGAUUCUAUGGUGAAUGGCCCUCCGUGACUCUGUUGCACCUUCUCUAAUAAUAGAUGAAAAUAUCAGGCAACAUUUCCAAAAUAGUAAAGGAAGUCUUCGUUAAUUCUUCAGCGCCAACAGGAAGUGGAUGUGGUUUCUACCAGGAAGGUCCGAUUUUGGCCAAACUUUGGAGACAUUCUGUUAGAGCUGAACUGAGCCUGACUGAACGUGAUAUUGAGGCUUAUUCCUAGUAAAACCAAGCGGCAACAUGCAGAUUUGAGCGCUGAUGCAGAACAUCUGCGGUUGCAGCACAUGCUUAUACAUAUUCAAACCUUAAGGGACUAUGUCUACUUUCCAUUUGCAACUGAAAGGGUCCAUGUUCGUCUUCCUCUUUGGGUAAAGUAGGUGAACCAAAUUUGACGUCUGAAUUGUUUUGCACAAAACAUUUUCUGUUUCCUGUUGACUUUUUUAGGUGGUGUGCUGAUGCAUAUUCAUAGCUUAAAAGUGGAAGUGGUGGGAAGGCACCACAUUACACCGUUUGGCAACCACUUCCUGAGUCACCAUGCUCACAGUGACGCCUUUAGCUUGCUGCCUGAUUAUUCUUCCACUCAGUCUUCAGAGGUUAACACAUUAGUGUCUCCGGCACUUCUUCACUCUUCAAAUUGUAGAAUUUCACAUUAAAAAAGUCUGGUCGGCUGUGUUUUCCCCUGCCUGCCAGGCUUCUGACACCAGUGAGUCAUCUCCAUGGCUCCUCCACCUCUAGCCCUGCUGCUGCUGUGGGGUCUCACUUUACUCUUAGUUGGAGCAGCUGCAUCUGUCUGCAGUGUCACCUGCACCACUGACUAUGUAAAGAUACUAAACUGCUCCUGCUCAGACUCUGUGCCAACACUUCCUGUCCUUCUCACUGUGACUUGCAGUUCCAGCUAUCCGGACACAGACCUUAAUGUGAGCUGUGAGACCAAACCGCCUCAGUCCUGGUGCAUAAUCAACGAGGACCUCUCCUUAGUCGCAUCCAUCGAUACGCUGUGCAACGCCACCGCCAGCCGGCCCGGCAGCCGAGGCCUGGAGGUUCUCAGUGAGUCACUCCAAUGGGAGCUCUCUUCUGUAGUAAAACCUGACGCUCCUGAUAAUGUCAGAGUGGAAAAGGCUGCUGGGAUCUACAACAUUACCUGGAGCAACAAAAGUGAAUACACUCCCUGCAUCACAAACAAAGUUCGCAUAAGAAAUAAAAAAAACACAUCUGAGGAAUUAAUCUUUACACAUUUACCAGACCAGAUGUACUUUGAGCUGGAUCAGAAAAAGCUGCAGCCUGGUGCUUCCUACGUUGUGGACGUUAAGGCAAAAAUCUGUGAUGAUUUGUUCAUUGUGGGUCCGUGGAGUGAAUGGAGCUCCGGUGCAGAGUGGAGCACACCGGCUGACCCUCCGGAUGAAAAAGGAGUGAAUUUUUACUGGCUUUACAUCUCGACGCCCAUCAUCCUCAUCCUCGCCCUCCUGCUACUGGGAUACCUACAAAAACCGUGCUGGCAGAAAAAACUCAAAAUGAUGACGUUCAUCCCCAGACCCAACGACUAUUUCAAGCCCCUCUACCACAGCCACGGUGGGAACUUUAAGGAGUGGGUGAAGCCGGUGUUCAACGAGUACGAUUACCUAAAGAUCACCACCUGCGUCAUGCUGAGCGAGAAGCAGAGCGAAAUCCUCAGCUGGAGCAACGAGAAGCAAAGCUACAGCGAGGUCACGGAGGUGAAAGCUGCUGAUGACUUCCUGCAAGUCCAACAGCUUCCCAACAACCUGCUGAUGACGUUUCAGGACAGCAGCACCUCGCAGGGUACCAUCCACUCCACGGGACACAUCUCCAUCCACACCGUCACCCUGUCCGGAGAGGAGUUCGAGGGGGACGUGACAUCACAGAGCUCGCUGAAAAGCUUCCAGGACUCAGAAAGCUUUGGCUCGCUUGAUGACGACAACAGGGAGCGUGUUGCUUACAAUUUAGGGGAAUCGCAUGUGUCCCGGAUGGAGCGGCACAGUGAGAUAUCACUACGAGAAAACCAGAUCGCCAAUGAUUUAAUACUGGAGAACCAAAACCUUCUGCCGGAUGGCGAGUUCAACGAAGCAGAGCGGGCGUCGCUUAACUCAUUCGCAUCCCAUGAACAGUCGGAGGACGGCUAUCCUCACGUGGACCUGGACACCAUCGACAGCGGCUUCGGAGAGUGCGGCAGCCCUGGAGCCUCAGACUCAAACUCUAACUCAUUUCCUGAGGAAAAACACUUAAAUUCAAACUAUGUCAAGCAGUGGAUGAUAUGUAGCACAAUUCAGGAAGACACCAGCACUGUGAACAAUGAACUCGAUGAGACAGUGACUGCAGCUUCUGGCUCACAACCACAGCUACAAUGACUGCAAACAGAAGGAGAAUCAUAAUGCUGCAUGAACAAUAUGUGCAUCCUCGUGCAUUUGUUAUUUUGAAUGAGCUAAGUAAACGUUUCUUUUUUAAAAAUCUCUCUACUAAAAAGAGUUUUACUGAUGUCUGUUUACUGUUAAUUUAAUGGAACUGAGAUUCUUGUAUGAUUUGAAAGACACUUUUUUAGCUUCACCUUUAUUUGUACAGUUAAUUAGAUGUAGUUUCAGUCUCAAUAAAGAUCUGUUCUUAACUGUACAGAACGCAAAUGUUUAAAUAUGAAUAUAUGCAAGUAAAUGUAUCAAUAUUAAAAAACCCUUUCAUAAGACG